GUGCCUGCUUUUUGCUAAGAUGUCAUUCUGAAGUUGUUCAUUUUUGGUUGCUGUGAGGAGACCCAUUAGAGAGGAAAAUGGAAAAAUAGGUAUCUUAAUAGGCAUUGCUCCUGAAUGAAUGAGAGAAAAUACAGGACAGGAUUGUCAGAAAGCAAUGGACAAAAUCAGGACUAUGUCCUUUAUCUAUUGCAAGGUUUUAUUUGUCCAGCCCCCUCCUGAACUCUUGUGCUUUUAGAGAUGGUGAUCUGGUACUUCAGUUGUUUUUUGGCGAAUGAGUGCCUUCUAAACUUCCCUUGUGAUUAAUUAACAACCUGAUACCUUUGUUGCGCAUGUAUGCAUAGUAAAGUUGGUUCAUAGUGUACCCACAAACUUCGUUUGACAGUAAGUGAAUAUCUCAACUUGUUUAGUGAAUAUCUCAACUUGUUUUUUCAAUUGAAAGGACCGAUGAUUUUGUGGGCUAUAAUUUCGAAGGUAUCAAGAAGUUAAUUAAGUUAUCAUGCCAUGACCGAGGUGCUUGAUUAUGGCUGAUCAGAAGCACAGAAUCUUGAUGGUUUCAGAUUUUUUUUAUCCCAACUUUGGUGGUGUGGAAAAUCACAUAUAUUACCUAUCUCAGUGCCUGCUAAAGCUUGGUCACAAGGUGGUGGUUAUGACUCAUGCUUAUGGGAAUCGCUCUGGAGUCAGAUACAUGACUGGUGGCCUGAAAGUAUACUAUAUCCCAUGGAGACCAUUUCUAAUGCAGAACACAUUACCAACCUUUUAUGCAACACUUCCAAUCAUAAGGACUAUUCUUAUUCGAGAAAAAAUAUCAUUGGUGCAUGGGCAUCAAGCAUUCUCGACGCUUUGUCAUGAAGCUUUGAUGCAUGCACGUACUAUGGGUUACAAAGUUGUUUUUACUGAUCAUUCAUUGUAUGGUUUUGCUGAUGUUGGAAGCAUCCACAUGAACAAGGUAUUGCAGUUUACUUUAGCAGAUGUGAGCCAGGCCAUCUGUGUUUCUCAUACAAGCAAGGAAAACACUGUGUUACGAUCAGGUCUACCUCCAGAAAAGGUCUCUGUGAUACCAAAUGCUGUAGACACUGCUAUGUUCAGGCCUUCACAGGAGCGACCUGGUGGUAAUGAAAUUGUUAUUGUCGUCGUAAGUAGAUUGGUUUAUCGGAAAGGUGCAGACUUGCUCGUUGAAGUCAUUCCAGAAGUUUGCCGUUUGUUUCCAAAUGUUCAUUUUAUUGUUGGUGGAGAUGGACCUAAACGUGUGCGGCUGGAGGAGAUGAGGGAAAAGCAUUCUCUUCAAGAUCGCGUAGAAAUGUUGGGUGCUGUACCGCAUUCUCGCGUACGAUGUGUCCUGAUUCGCGGCCAUAUAUUUUUAAACAGAAUAACAUUGGGGUGCUUCAGGCUUAAUCUUCCUGUGUCAUGCAGUAUAAAUCAUCUUGUGCAAAUACAAAUUGUACUCAGCCAUAGCUGUUCUUUGACGGAAGCAUUCUGCAUAGCAAUUUUAGAGGCUGCUAGUUGUGGAUUAUUAACAGUCAGUACACGUGUAGGAGGCGUCCCAGAGGUUCUGCCUGAUGACAUGAUUGUACUUGCGGAACCAGAUCCUAGUGAUAUGGUACAGGCAAUUAAUAAGGCAAUUUGUCUACUUCCAAAAAUUGAUCCAAAAGUUAUGCAUGAUCGGAUGAAGAAACUCUACAAUUGGCAUGAUGUUGCCAAACGGACAGAGAUUGUGUAUGACCGUGCUUUGAAAUGUCCCAAUCAAAAUUUUUUGGAACGACUCUCACGGUACCUCUCAUGUGGUGCUUGGGCAGGGAAGCUUUUCUGCUUGGUUAUGAUCAUUGAUUCUUUGCUAUUGCGUUUAGUGCAAUUAUGGCAGCCAGCAGAGGAUAUUGAAGAGGUGCCUGAAUUUACUAUUCCAAAUCACCAGGACAGAGAGGGGGAGGAGAUGAGUUUUAUCGAUGGCGAAAGCUCAAGAUGAGAGAUUACUCAGAAGUCAGUAACACAAGGUUUUCUUGUGCAUCGCUAUCCCUGCGAGAAGAGGGAAUGCUGCUUUUGAAGAAGAUGGUAGAGUUCAGUUAUGGUGAUUGAGAUGCUGGACCAUCCUUCUGAAAAGAUGCAGAGGAGCUCAAACUUCUGACUUGCUUACUUGAUGACAAAGAUAGCUUUCAGGGUGAAUGGUCUAUUUGAUUGGAGACCACAUGUAGAUAUAAAGGGGACCAUUAUGCUGCUAAUACUUGAUUGAUUUAUGAGUGCAAAUUAUAAUAUAAUUGUGGCUACAUUUGACUAACGGCGAAAAUUAAAAAAGAAAAGACAAACUCAACAGUGCCCCCUUUUUUCUUCCACAGUAAUUACGAUGGUGUAAUUCUUUUAUUUCAAAAGAAUUAAAAACUGCUAUUUGGUCAUAGAGAAAACGCGGGUUUAUAUGCUUUACCAAAAGCUGAGUUUUGGAUGAUCCGAACACCUGGUUUUUACUUUUUACCCUCUCCGCUGCAAAUCCCAAACGGCUUCUAUAAACCCUAACGCCACCAUCAUCUUCUUUUAACAAUGGCUUCUCAAGCAAUACCAAUCAAUCCUCCACCACCCCCACCCUUUACUAAUACAACCACCAACACCAAGACCCAACAACUUCUCCCCUCCAUCAACAAGCCCCGCUCCAAAGACCGGCACAGGAAGGUGGAAGGCCGUGGCACCCGUGUGCGUAUUCCGGCAGACUGCGCAGCUAGAAUCUUUCAACUGACUCGUGAGCUCGGCCACCAAACGAAUGGCCAGACCAUUGAGUGGCUCCUCCACCAUGUUCCCUCCGCCCACUUCCCCACCACCACCGCCGCCUCCGCCACUGCUACAGCUGAUUCUUCAUUGCAUGUUCCUUCAUCUUGUUCUCUUGAUUCCUUGAAGAGGAGUGGUGGAUUAUUAGAAAACAAAGAUACCCAUUUGCAUGUUUCCUUAAAGAAUGCUGAUUCUUCUAGUGGAUUCUUGAAUGAGUCAAAGUCCUCACCUUUAUCGACACCCACAUCAUCAACAUCAAGAAUAGGAUAUUCUUCUACUGGAUUCUUGAAUGAUUCAACUUCUUUACUUUUAUCAACACCCACAUCAACAACAGAAACAGAAACUCCAGGAAUAGCAAUGGUAGAGCAAAAGAAAGAAGAGUUGAAGGGUGAAUUUGAGUUAUUUCAUGGUUUAGAUGGGAAUUUUCCUUACAUUUCUUUCACUUCUUUGUUAAUGCAAUGAGCAUUAAUGUUUGCUGGUUUUAGAAUCUUGAACCUAUUUUAUCCAGUGAUGAUGCUCUGCCUUUUCUUCUC